AUGAGUCUCCUUAAGGCGGAUCAGGUGCGGCGGGAGCUGUUCGCCACGUACAGCAGGCAAAUCGCCGCACUCCUCGGCGAGAUGGUGGACGGCGAACCCGCCGGGGCGCGCGCAGCCGAGGCGGACGACGGCGGGGAGGAGGAGGCGGAGCCGCAGCCGCCGUCGCCGUCGCAGGAGGGGGACGCGGCCGCCGCCCUGGCGACGCGGUUCCGCGUCUCGUACGCGCGGCAGCACCUCCUCCGCCAGCGUGCACUGCGGCUGCCGGGGGCCCACGCGGCGGAGGCGGAAGCGGAGGAUGACACGCACCGCCCCGCCUCCUCCGAGGCCGGGGAGGCAACAGCAACUUCGGGGGGAGACGUGGGCGCCGUCACGGCGCCGGCGGUGGCUGCGGGAGACGCGGCAGCGGAGGAGGCGGGGUGGCGGCUGGCGUACAGCGAGCCCUACCCGUCGCUGCGGCGCAUUAUGCGGCGCGUGCAGGACGAGUCCCUGCAGACGCUACUGCGGGAAUCACGCGUGCCCGUGGCGGCGUGUCGGGAUGAGGCCUACGCGGCGCAGCGCAUUUCAGUCCUGCGGCAAAUAGAGGAGCGGAUAGGACGCGAGCGUGCCACACUCCUCGCGCGACAGCAGAAGAUGGAUGGCAAACUGCACCUCAUCCCGUGA